UAUUUCGAAUCUAUUAGUAUCUUUUCAAAUCAUGGCGAGGAUGAGCGGACCACUCGAAAUUGUACCGGCGAUUCUUGUUUAUCCGGUGAGGGUUUCGGCUUCGCCUUCUUUGGGGACGAUUUAUGAGGAAGAUGACGAGUAAAAAUUUAAUCUUUUUGUUUUUGUUUUAAUCCAUUACAAUAAAAUCAACAUUUCGAAUUAUACUGACCUUGAUAAUGGUCCUCUUCUUGUUUUUUUUUUUUUUUUUUUCUCUUGUACGCAACGGGAUAACAGUAAGAAUAAUAAGUUCACAAGAUGUUUUUGAAUU